AUGGCUGCCAGAAACGAGACAGUUGCGGUUAUUGGAGGUGGACUAGUGGGCUGUCUAGCUGCCCUUGGACUAGCCAGGAAAGGAUACCCGGUGACCGUAUUCGAAAUGCGAGGAGAUCCCAGAAAUGAUGUGGCUAAACAAGGAAGCCUGAGGUCAAUAAAUCUUGCCGUUUCUGACCGAGGAAUACGCGCUUUGAAGUAUGUGGACGAAGCAAUGGCGUAUCGAGUCUUGGAGGACAUCAUACCCAUGACUGGUCGUAUGAUUCACGAUUUGGCUGGAAAUCAAGAAAGCCAGCAAUACGGACUUUACGGUGAGGCUAUCAACUCCAUAGACAGAAGGCAGCUAAAUAUAAGAUUGCUAGAGGAGUGUGAGAACAUCAACAAAGAACUUGGAAAAACCAUGGUGGAUCUCCGAUUCCACUCUAAGCUGGACGAUUUGAAGAUGGGCGAGAAAGUCACGAUUAUAUCAAAUGGCGAAAGCUUCCAAUUUGAUUUCAUUGUUGGGUGUGAUGGUGCCUAUAGUGCUACAAGAUCCAAGCUUCAAAAACAUGUCAGGAUGAACUACAAGCAGGAGUACAUUGACACAUGUUAUGUGGAAUUGUCAAUUCCUGCGGGCCCCAAUGGUGAGUUCCUAAUUGACGCGAAUCAUUUACAUAUCUGGCCACGUCAUGAAUUCAUGCUUAUUGCACUGGCAAAUCACGAUCGUUCUUUUACUUCCACUUUCUUUGGGCCAUGGGGACUGGUCGAGAAGAACUUGGACACCGGUGCUAAAGCCUUGGAGUUUUUCAAAUCUCAAUUCCCAGAUGCCUUGAAGAUAAUUGGCCAUGAGAGAAUAGUGUCAGCCUUUGACAACCAUCCAAGAGGUGCGCUGAUGCAAGUGAAUUGCGAUCCAUAUCACUUCUCUGAUAAAGCCAUAUUGCUUGGCGAUGCAGCCCAUUCGAUGGUCCCCUUCUAUGGCCAGGGAAUGAACUGUGGCUUUGAGGAUGUUCGCAUUCUGUUGACACUGCUUGACGAGUCAAGCUCUGGAAGGUCUGCUGCCUUUGAAAAGUAUACCGAGCUCAGGAAAGACGACCUGAAGGCGAUUUUGAAACUGGCACUUGACAACUAUAAGGAGAUGUCGCACAAGGUUGUUUCUCCCUGGUUUCUUCUACGGAAAAAGGUCGAUGCCCUACUGUGCAGGACCUUGGGAGAUCGUUGGUUACCGCUGUAUACUAUGGUCUCUUUUAGAGGUGACAUAGGAUAUGCCGAGGCCAUACGAAGGGAAGAACUCCACGAACGCAUUCUGAAGAAGCUCGAAUUUGGGGCGCUUGCAGCCGUCAUCUUCGGGCUAAGCAGGCUAGUGCCUUUGACGGUAUGGGACAGAGUAAUAAAGAGGCUUCUCAACUAA